GACUAAUUAGCAGUUUAUGAUUUUUUGGGGGAUCCAGCGGCUAUUGCAGGGAUAAUAUUUCUCCACCGUUGCAAAAAGCUCAAACUUUUUCCGCCGCCUCUUCCGUCAGAAUUUCAAUCCAAUCCAUGUUUGCUUCGGUGACCAACAGCAGCAGCAUCAUUAUUUCACGCACCUACGCUCUCUUUCUUCCACGUGUCACCGUUACUUUUCCAUCUCUCCUUCACAGGUUCCGCGCCUCCGCUCCAAUGGCCAAUCCCCGCAACAACACCAAUCCCUUCUCCUCCCACGCUCACGCCUCUCCCAGUGCUGGCAGUGGCAGAGGAAAGGCUUUUGAUAUGAGAAAUGAUAGAGAAAGAACAAGAGGGCGUGGUGGUGGGAGUGGCUCAGGAAAGGACAAAAUUGAUGCUCUUGGUAGGCUCCUGACACGGAUUUUACGACAUAUGGCGUCUGAAUUGAAUUUGAACAUGCGGAGUGAUGGUUUUGUGAAAGUUAAUGAUUUACUAAAGCUAAAUCUGAAGACAUUUGCCAAUAUUCCACUGAGAUCACACACUAUUGAUGAUAUUAGGGAGGCUGUUCGAAAAGAUAAUAAGCAGCGGUUUAGCCUGAUAGAAGAUAAUGGGGAGCUACUAAUACGUGCAAACCAAGGCCACACAGUAACGGCGGUUGAAACUGAAAGCUUAUUGAAACCAAUCCUUUUAGCUGAAGAAGUUCCAGUUUGUGUGCAUGGAACCUAUAGAAAGAACUUGGAAUCAAUUCUAGGAUCUGGUCUGAAGCGCAUGAAAAGAUUGCAUGUUCAUUUCUCUUGUGGUUUACCGACAGAUGGAGAAGUAAUUAGUGGUAUGAGGCGGGAUGUCAAUGUUCUGAUCUUUCUAGAUGUUAGAAAAGCAUUAGAGGAAGGUAUGAAGCUUUAUAUUUCUGACAACAAGGUGAUCUUGACGGAAGGUUUUGAUGGUGCUGUUCCACCCAAGUAUUUUGAAAAGAUAGAAUCAUGGCCUGGCAGACAGCCUAUUCAUUUUUAAAGUUUUCUUGUAAUUUUGAUUUUGCUUAUGUUAGGAUCACAGUACGUGGAGGAUUACAAGAUGAUUGUGUAAACCUCUUGCAAGAAUUAAAAUUUGGUUCCUAAUUUUUUUUAUAAAAAAAAAUGAUUUAGGAAAGUUUA